UAUAAGGAGGGAAAAUCGAAACGUUCUGUCAAACGCCCCUUCAGAUACUACCUAGGUAGCUUCUAUUUUCUUUCGCUAAAAGUCUCGCCUACAGGUAUAUUUGAAGCGGAAAACGACAUAGUAUUUUGUCCAGAGCUAGAGAAUGCAGAGGACCUCACGUUUAAAGCGAGAGCUGCACAUGAUGAGCACGGAGCCUUCACCGGGGAUUACGUGCUGGCAGACGGAGGGGCAGAUGGACGAGCUCCGGGCCCAGAUAGUGGGUGGAGCCGAGACUCCAUUUGAAGGAGGAGUCUUCUCACUGGAGAUCAAGGUUCCAGACAGGUAUCCCUUCGAGCCCCCUAAGAUGAGGUUCCUGACCCCCAUCUACCACCCCAACAUAGACAACACUGGUCGCAUCUGUCACGACGCCCUCAAACUACCACCCAGGGGUGCGUGGAAACCUUCCCUGAACAUCUCUACAGUGCUCACCUCCAUACAGCUGCUGAUGGUUGAACCCAACCUGGACGACCCACUCAUGGCUGACAUAUCAUCAGAGUUGAAGUACAGCAAGCAGGUGUAUCUGGAGAAGGCCAAGAGGUGGACAGAGAAACACGCUGUACAGAACAACAAGGGUGGUGUGGUGGAGACCGUGGACAGUGUAGAGGCUCAGGUCCAGCCGUCGGCCGUCAAGAGAGAAGCUCAGAAGGACAAGACCGAGGCGCACCCCCAGCACCCCCAGGGCCCCCAGCACCCCCAGCACCCCAAGAGAACAUGUCUGUAACACGUUACACGUUUUGUGCUCCUGUCCCCUUGUGUUACUUCAGAUUGUAAUAAUAAUAAAUAAUAUGCCAUUUAGCAGACGCUUUUA